AUGGCCACUAUCACCACUACCGUCUUGUCCACUGUUACCGUCACCUCUGCGAAACCCACCGCGACUAGCGCUCCUCCGCAGGGUGGUAUUCUGGAAGGUGUGCUCCCCAAUGUCUUCAGCACCUCAAACCCCAUCACACUCUUCAUCAUCCAGGCUGUCAUCAUAAUCAUCUUGUGCCGCCUGCUCCACUAUCCUCUAUCACGUCUAGGUCAGCCCCGCGUCAUCGCCGAAGUCAUUGGCGGCAUCUUGUUGGGCCCGUCAGUGCUGUCGCGCAUCCCUCACUUCAAGGAGAACAUCCUGCCCACCGAGUCCUUGCCCGUGCUGAACAAUGUCGCCAACCUGGGUCUCAUCUUGUUUCUCUUCCUCAUCGGCCUCGAGGUCGACUUGCGCUUGUUCAUCUCCAACUGGCGAGUCGCCGUCGGCGUCGGCCUGGGUGGCUUGCUUCUGCCCUUCGGCCUAGGCUACGCCAUUGCCUGGGGCAUAUACAACCAGUUCAAAGAGGAGAUCACGAACAAUGUUAAUUUCGGCAUUUUCGGCCUGUUUGUCGGCACCGCCCUGGCCAUCACUGCGUUCCCUGUCUUAUGUCGUAUCCUCUCGGAGCUCAAUCUCCUCAACAACUCCGUCGGUGUAACCGUCCUGGCCGCUGGUGUGGGCAAUGAUGUAGUGGGCUGGAUUCUCCUUGCGCUCUCUGUAGCGUUGGUUAACAAUGCCAACGGCUUGACUGCCCUAUACGUCCUUCUCGUCACUUUGGGCUGGCUUCUCUUCUUGGUCUUUGCUGUGAGGCCUGUGUUUCACUGGGCUCUGCGAAGGACUGGUAGCAUUCAGAAUGGUCCGACCCAGGGCAUGAUUGCCGUGACACUCUUGCUUGUGCUGGUUUCGUCCUGGUUUACUAGUAUCAUUGGUGUUCACGCGAUUUUCGGUGCUUUUCUUGUGGGCUUGAUUUGUCCCCAUGAUGGCGGCUUUGCCAUCAAGGUCACGGAGAAAAUCGAAGACUUGAUCACCGUCCUUUUCAUCCCCUUGUACUUCGCCUUCUCAGGUCUAAGCACAAAUCUUGGCCUUUUGAAUGAUGGCAUCACUUGGGCCUACGUCAUAGCUAUCAUUGUAAUCGCUUUUGCAGGCAAGAUCAUAGGCGGUACAAUAGCUGCUAAAAUCAGCGGGCUCGUUUGGAGAGAGAGUCUCACAAUCGGUGUGUUAAUGAGUUGUAAGGGUUUAGUCGAACUGAUUGUUCUUAAUGUUGGUCUCCAAGCCCAUAUUCUGAGUCAGAAGACGUUCACCAUGUUUGUCGUCAUGGCUCUUGUGACUACUGUCGCUACCACUCCCUUGACCAAGGCACUAUAUCCACCAUGGUACAGGGUGAAGCUAGAGAAGUGGAAGCGUGGUGAGAUCGACUGGAAUGGAAAACCACUUACAAAUACGGACUCUGACGGAGCCGCGCCACCAGAAGAACGCCCGAGCUCUAACGUUCGGCGUCUUUUGAUUUAUCUACGCUUAGACAGCCUCCCGAGUCUCUUUACUUUCAUCUCCCUUCUCGGUGAAGAGCACACGCCGAAAUCUGCACGUACUUCGGCUGACGAGACAAAGCCAAUAAUUAGAAAGCGCCCUCUUGAAGUGCAUGCGCUGCGUAUUGUGGAGCUUACUGAGCGUACCUCUUCGGUGAUGAAAGUUACUGAAGGAGAUGACGCUUCCCGGAGAGAUCCCGUGGUGAAUGCAGUCCGAACCUUCUCUUUGCUCAAUGAGGUAGCGGUAUCUGGCAGCGUUGUCGUUGCCCCAGAGGAGUCUUACGCUGAGACCGUGGCAACGCAUGCUUCAGAACAGAGGUCUGACUUUGUCCUUAUUCCUUGGAGCGAGGUGGGUAGUAAUACGGAGGACCAGUCAAUAUCAUAUAAAGUUUCUUCGGAGGAUCGCUUUACUGGAAAGGCCCAUCUCGAUUUCAUCCGCAAUACACUCACCAAAGCUGUCUGUAACACAGGGAUCUUUAUAAGCAAAGGGUUCAGUGGUAUUGCGCCUAUCGAGAAAUCAAGUCCUGGGCUCUCUCGCACAACCAGCACUCCAUCUAUGCGGAGUUAUAAGGAAGCUGCCCUCCCACCCAUUGCCGACAAGUCACAUCACAUUUUCAUGCCCUACAUUGGUGGUGUUGAUGACCGAGUAGCUCUGAGCCUCGUUAUACAACUUGCUAAGAACCCCAAUGUGACGGCAACCAUCGUGCACUUGACUCUGACGAAUGAUGAUGAUGAGAUCACGGCUGCCCCUGAGAGUACCUUGGCAGCAGAUCCCGCUGCACUGAAAGCUGAGAUAAAUACCGAGAUUACAGCACAGGACAGCUCUUUUCUUGCUACCACUCGGUCAAGCCUAUUAUCUAUCAUAAGUGAUAGGAUUAGUUUUUCCGAGGUAUCCGUAUCGAGAAAAACGGCUUCGGGACGCGUCCUUGAAAUAGCCUCCGAAUAUGUUGGGCAGAAGCCUCGCAAUGCUGGAGACAUUGUCAUUGUUGGACGUCGGCACCCUGUAUUGCCGGCCUCGUCUCGAGGCCCAGAACAAGCCAGCAACCUUCUUGACAUGCAGAGCACAGUCGGCGUGCUUGGUGAGAAGGUAGCCAUGAGUAGCCUGAGGGCUAGUGUCCUCAUCGUCCAGGCAGCAGACAAGGGUCUUGAUUCAUGA